GUGGAAAAGCAGAGUGCUUAAAAAUCCACUGUACCUUUAUUCUCGGAGUGGCCCAUUCUAUCUUGGGGUUGACACAUUCUUCCUGAUCAGUGGUUGGCUAAGCGCAAGGUCAUUUCUAAGGAUGCAUCAGAAUUCGGACAAAGGAACAACCCUUAAUGUCAUCCUCAGAUACUUCCUCAGCCGCCUUACAAGGUUGCAGCCCCUUCACAUGUAUUCGGUGUGCUUGCUGGCUGGAUUGUUCUCUCUUGUUCCCUGGGGACCCGUCUGGGAAGUGCCCAAGUUCCACGUGGAUAACUGCCGGCGAGCGUGGUGGACGAAUCUGCUGUUGCUAAAUAAUUUCCUGUGGGUCCCAAACGCGUGUAAUGGCUGGACGUGGUACCUGGCCAACGAUUUUCAGUGCCAUCUCAUCACGCCGGCGAUCGUCCUCAUCCACAGAAAAAGUAAACAUGUCCUUGUCCUCCUCGGGGCCAUGCUGUUCUUGGCAUCUUUCACUGCCACAGCUCUGCUCACCCUGGCUUACUCCCUUCCGGUCGCAGCUCCGUCAGAAGCAAGUGAAAACGUGACUGUGUUGUACUUCUCCGAGUACUACACAAAGCCCUACUGCAGAUUCGGACCAUUCCUCGUGGGGCUCUUUCUGAGCAUUUUCAUGCACCCAAACCGCCAGGCAAACAUUCUUAAAACCAAGACGCAGGCCCUGCUGGGGUGGACUUGCUCCCUGGCCGCCCUGUUCGCAGUGGUCGCUCUGGCGUAUGCAGUGGAUGAUACUUCCAUCACCUCUUCACCUGCCGUUGCUCUGUACCAGGCCCUCCACCGGACCCUGUGGGCGGCAGCCGUGGGCUGGGUCCUGUUGGCAUGUCAGGAAGGCUAUGGAGGGCUGGUGAACAGGCUCCUCUCCUGCCACAUCUGGGCUUUCCUGGCCAGCAUCAGUUACGCUUGCUACCUGGUUCAUCCGAUCCUCAUCAUGCUCUACAACGGGCUUCAAGAAACGCUCAUUCACUACAGCGACACCAACAUGUUCUACCUUUUCUCUGGACACUGUUUGCUGACCUUCCUCACUGGGCUGGCCCUGACACUGUUCAUUGAGAAACCAUGUCAGGAGCUGAAGCGGUACCUGUUGGGACCAGUGCCUGCUGGGCCAUGAACAUUCUGGUAAAACCCUAGAGAAUGACUGGGUUUUUUUCCUGCUGGCAAUGAGCUAAAGUAGACAGGGGCUCAUUUAUGUAACAGACGCUUGUGUUCCCGAAAAGGGGUGUGAAUUCUGAUUUGGUGAAUGCUUAAGAUAUACAAGUUCUCUGUGCUUAAUGCAUAAAAGAGUUCUGAGUGUUUAUUUACUAUAUAAAAGAGUUCUGUGAUAGCCUGUUGGGUAGCACAAUAAUCACUCUCUGAUGUACCUUUUUAGAGAAAAACAAAAAACAAACAAAACCAAAGAAAAACAAUCUAGAUUUGUGAUACCUUGUUCGGCAUGUACUUUCUGUACCAAUGAUCAUAGGAAAACAUCAAAUCUAGUGAGUUUAAUGCAACUUGGGGUAUAAUCACAUUUCUUGGUAAAGUCACAGUAUGUAGUUUUUCA